CCGGAAGUUGCGCCUUCUUUACUCGCCGUUUCAAAAUGCUGCCGAGGCUUUAGGCUGUGUGAGUGACAUCCCUUCCCCCGGGCUCGGCGGGGGAGCGACUCAUGGAGUGGCCGUAAGUUUUAUCAACAGACUGCCAUUUCGUCACCGCCAAAAUGACAUCGCUUUCCACCUCUGCCCAGUGUUCAACAUCUGACAGUGCUUGUAGGAUCUCUCCAGAACAAAUUACUCAGGUACGACCAAAACUGCCACUUUUGAAGAUUUUGCAGGCAGCAGGUGCACAAGGUGAAACAUUCACUGUUAAAGAGGUCAUGCAGUAUCUAGGCCAGUAUAUAAUGAUGAAGCAGCUUUAUGAUCAGCAGGAGCAGCAUAUGGUAUAUUGUGGUGGAGAUCUUUUGGGAGAACUACUUGGACGUCAGAGCUUCUCCGUGAAAGAGCCGAGCCCUCUCUAUGAUAUGCUAAGAAAGAAUCUUGUCACUUUAGCCACUCCUGCUACAGAUGCUGCUCAGACUCUCGCUCUCGCACAGGAUCACAGUAUGGAUAUUCCAAGCCAAGACCAACUGAAGCAAAGUGAAGAGGAAAUUUUGAACUCCAGGAAAAGAACCGAAGAAGGCAAUGUUCCCACGCUGCCUACCUCACAACCUAACUGUAGAAAUUCAAGACAAGAUGAAGACUUGAUAGAAAAUUUAACCCCAAAUAAGAAAUCUGUGCUGGACCUUGGGUUUGAGGAGUGGGACGUAGCUGGCUUGCCUUGGUGGUUUUUAGGCAACUUGAGAAACAACUAUACACCUAGAAGUAAUGGCUCAACUGAUUUACAGACCAAUCAGGAUAUAGGUACUGCCCUUGUUUCAGACACUACAGAUGAUUUGUGGUUUUUGAAUGAUUCAGUAUCAGAGCAGUUAGGUGUUGGAAUAAAAACUGAAGCUGCUGAUACUGAACCAGCAAGUGAAGAAGUAGGGAAAGUGAAUGAAAAAAAGGUGAUUGGAGUGGAAAAAAAUGAUGACUUUGAGGACUCGAAGUCCUUAAGCGAUGAUACUGAUGUAGAAGUUACCUCUGAGGAUGAAUGGCAGUGUACUGAGUGCAAGAAAUUUAACUCUCCAAGCAAGAGGUACUGUUUCCGUUGCUGGGCCCUGAGGAAGGAUUGGUAUUCAGAUUGUUCUAAGUUAACUCAUUCUCUGUCCACCUCUGAUAUCACUGCCAUACCCGAAAAGAAGGACAAUGAAGGAAUUGAUGUCCCUGAUUGCCGAAGGACUAUUUCGGCCCCAGUGGUUAGGCCUAAAGACGUGUAUAUAAAGGAAGAGAACUCCAAACCUCUCGAUCCCUGCAGCUCAGUGGAAUUCUUGGAUUUGGCUCACAGUACUGAGAGCCAGGAGACCAUUUCAAGCAUAGGAGAGCAACCAGAUAACCUUUCUGAACAGAGAACAGAUGCAGAAAACAUGGAGGAUUGCCAGACUCUCUUGAAGCCAUGUAGCUUAUGUGAGAAAAGACCACGAGAUGGGAACAUUAUUCAUGGGAGGACAGGGCAUCUUGCCACUUGCUUUCACUGUGCCAGAAGAUUAAAGAAGGCUGGAGCUUCCUGUCCUAUUUGCAAGAAGGAGAUUCAACUGGUUAUUAAGGUUUUUAUAGCAUAA